GGGGGGAGUCUCUUCUACGCUCGCCAAGUUCAGACGGCAGGUCGAAGUGCUUCAGGAGGUGCACAGGCCUCUGGAGAAGCCAGUCGACGACGCGCUGUGGUGCGAAGAGCUGGCCCGCACCGAUCCCGCUGACCUCUUCUUGAGGCUCCUGGGUUUCUCCAAGGAUGCCAGCGGGGAGCCAGCCCCUGACCCAGAGGACGGCCGCAUGUACAUCGUGACUGAGUUGGCUGACUGCACCUUGAGGGACAUGUUGCGGCAGAGGAGCGAGACGAAGACCCCGCUGUCCAGCGACAUUGUGCGCAAGAUCGCCAAAGAGAUUGUGCUGGCCGUGGCUUGGUUGCACGCGAAAGGCUACGUGCAUCUCGAUGUCAAACCAGAUAACAUAAUGAUGUGCGGCGGGCGAUGGAAACUCAUCGACAUGGAUAGCUGCUUGCCUGCAGGCACAGAAGUAAAGCUGAGCAGUCAUAUCUCGUUCUCGCCUUUGUACUGUGCGCCCGAAUUUGCCCGUUUCGUAGUCGAAGGCGGGAGCGUGGUUCUGAAACCAAGCAUGGACGUGUGGAGCGUGGGCAUCACGCUUGUUGAACUGGUCAUUUUAUGCCCCUUGCUGUCGAUGCAGUGGGCGCAGUUUCACGAGGUCAGCGAUGGGCAGUCGCGCCACGCGGGGAAUAUCUUUUUCCUGAAGUGGCUCGGGGCUGUGGCGACCACCUCGCCUCCGAUGCCAGGAGAGAGCCGCUUCAAGAUACUGCUUUGCUCGUGGCUGCUCGUGCCACAUCCAGAGCGUCGGAGGACAUUGGCGCAGAGCCUGAAUGCUCCAUACCUCAGGCGGCAGAACCUGAUGUGA